GACAGAGGGAGUCUAUGAGCCUCCUCCCAGCUAUACCUAACAUUGGGGGGGGAUCUUAAUCCUCAAGAUCUUACAACAUCUUUCAUUUUUGGGGGGAAUGAUGGAUCCUUGUUCUCCCUCUAGUCCUGAACCUGCUUUGGAAACAGAAAUCAGCAAAACAGCCCCCCAGCCUAAGGAACCUUUGGAUCCUGCAAGAAGAGGAGAUCAGACAGGGACAGGAGGAAGGCACAGCUACCCUGUAACCACUACAAGCAGAGGUCUGUCGAUAACCAAGAAGACACAUACAUCUCAAAUCGAAAUAAUUCCGUGCAAAAUCUGUGGGGACAAAUCUUCAGGGAUCCAUUACGGGGUCAUCACAUGCGAAGGCUGCAAGGGAUUUUUUCGGCGUAGCCAGCAGAGUAACGCCACCUACUCGUGUCCACGGCAAAAGAAUUGUUUGAUUGAUAGGACAAGUAGGAACCGCUGUCAGCACUGCCGAUUGCAGAAAUGCCUCGCUGUGGGCAUGUCACGUGAUGCUGUGAAGUUUGGCCGCAUGUCCAAGAAACAGAGGGACAGUCUCUAUGCUGAGGUACAGAAACAUCGCAUGCAACAACAACGAGAUCACCAGCAGCAACCUGGAGAGGCAGAGCCACUUACUCCUGCCGGCUACGGCUUAACCCCCAAUGGGCUUACAGAACUGCGGGAAGACCUGAGUGGCUAUAUGGAAGGGCACACACCAGAAGAAGGUAAAACCGAGUCGGCAGUGAGUAGCUUCUAUCUUGACAUUCAACCAUCCCCAGAUCAGUCUGGCUUAGACGUCAACGGCAUCAAACCCGAGCCUCUGUGUGAUUACACGCCAGCCUCUUCCUUUUUUCCAUACUGCUCCUUCACGAAUGGAGAGACCUCCCCAACUGUUUCCAUGGCAGAACUUGAACAUCUCGCUCAGAAUAUCUCUAAGUCCCAUAUGGAAACAUGCCAGUAUUUACGAGAGGAACUUCAGCAGAUUACGUGGCAGACCUUUCUUCAGGAAGAAAUUGAAAGUUACCAGAGCAAGCAGCGGGAGGUGAUGUGGCAACUCUGUGCAGUGAAGAUUACCGAGGCCAUACAGUAUGUGGUGGAAUUUGCCAAACGCAUUGAUGGAUUCAUGGAGCUUUGUCAGAAUGACCAAAUAGUGCUGUUGAAAGCAGGCUCAUUAGAAGUUGUAUUCAUCAGAAUGUGUCGUGCCUUCGAUUCACAGAAUAACACGGUCUAUUUUGAUGGCAAAUAUGCGGGCAUAGAAGUCUUUAAAUCUCUUGGGUGCGAAGACUUCAUGAGUUUUGUGUUUGAGUUUGGGAAGAGUUUGUGUUCUCUACACUUAACGGAAGAUGAGAUAGCGCUAUUCUCAGCCUUUGUAUUAAUGUCAGGAGACCGGUCUUGGCUUCAGGAAAAGCUGAAGAUUGAGAAGCUUCAACAGAAGAUUCAGCUCACACUCCAACAUGUUCUCCAGAAAAACCAUCGCGAGGAUGGGAUCUUAACCAAGUUAAUAUGCAAAGUCUCAACCCUGCGUGCAUUGUGUGGUCGUCACGCAGAGAAACUCAUGGCGUUCAAAGCAAUAUAUCCAGACAUUGUGAGACAUCACUUUCCACCCCUCUACAAGGAAUUAUUUACCUCUGAAUAUGAGCCAGCCAUGCAACUUGAAGGAUAGAAUACCCUUCUACUAAUAUAUGGAAUACCCAACUGUUCGUAGAGAGAAUAAUCUAAUUCUAGUACACUGGCGUGUACGUAGAGAAGAGGAACCAAGACACUUUACGCAAACCUGGGUGCUGGAGGAGGGCGAGGGGGUGUUAUAAACAGACUAUUGUCCUUGACCUCUCUCACCCCAGGGAUAUUGUUUACAAGAGGUUAAGGAGAGAGCUUAUGGACCAACCGCAGGUCAGGCUGGUAAGAUAGAACCAAGCCUGCGUUUUUAACCAUGAGACUUCAGAAGUCUCUAGCAAUACAAGCAAAAUAAUAUUUAUAUAUAGAUAUAUGUAUUACAGGGUACGUGGGCAUGAACAUUUAUGUGGCUGAAAAAAAAAAAAAAGAAAAAAAAGAGCAUAUAAAGUGUAGGGACCGGAUUUAGGGUUUUUUUUCCGGUCUGAUUCGAUAUGGCACUUUUUUGUUUCAUUUUGCACCUUUUGUUUUCUACUGCUAUUAUUUUCCCCAUUGUUUAGUGAUCUGUAAUUAUUAUUUUUUUCGAUUUAUGAUUUGUGCGCACAUCAGGCAUUGAAAUUUAGUUUAAAAAAGAUAAAAAAAAGCAAUAGAUAUUUCAAGAGUGUUUUCGAGAGGUAACUGCUGCUGUUGUUUGAGCGUUUUGGUUUUAGUCGGAGAUGAGUGGUUAUGGCUGGUUCUAUCAUUUUGUUUACUGCUGGUGUGUGCACUCAAGAGGUUUUUUUUAAACUAUCCCCUUCAUCAUGAUGACGGGUCAGAUGUUUGGGCGUUUAAAGGAACAACCGGAUUGUGUCAACCUGCAGGGAUACGAACAAUCACCUCUAUCAGUAUUGCUCUUGCUUCCCUUUGUUGCUUUGUAACGGGAGGUACAGAUUUCACGCGCUCUCCAUAUUUGUAACCACUUGAUGCCCGGAUCAUAGUAUGUGAUGUGGCAGGUUUGGCUGUAGACCUUUACUCUGCACACAAACCUAUAGUGAUCGUGGUUGUACCCUUAAACGGGCCAAUCUGGUAACACAUUCCAGGUUAUUAACUAAAAAAAAAAUUUCAAAAAUCAACUGUCGAACAUUGAAAGUUAAUUUAGAAAUUUAAGCCAACAUGGAAAAAUUCUCCUAAUUAGCUGGUUUUCAGAUUAGAGAUAUUGGCAUAAAUGUUAAAAUGCACUUGAAUUCACACUUUAUUGAUUUUCCCGGAUUGUGAAUCUCUAAAUGUAAUUAAGGCUGUGUUCCAGAUUAGUUCACCAUUCUGGCCAAUUUAAACUUUUCCCUGGCUUUUGUCACCCUAUCUGCAUGCCCUAAUUUCUUCCUGUUGGCUGCUGUUCCCUCAUCGAGUGCCAGUCCCAGUGUCUCAUGCACACUUUGUCCUCUUGUUCCUGUCAGUAACAUUCUGAGGAUGUUUCCCAUGCAAUCUGACCUUGCUUAUUUACAUUUAUUGUGGCAGGUAAUUCAAAAUGAUUUCUUGGCUCCUGUAACUCACCUCUGACAUAGGUGCGAAAUGCCAACUUGCAGCCAAACCAAGCAUGUUGGAGGGAGAACUGGUUUUGCAUCUGAUUGCAUCUGAAUUUGUGACCAUUAUUUAAAAAGUGAUCACAGACACACACACAAAAAAAAUAUAAUUAAUUAUAUUGUAAUGUCUGAAACCCCAUUUUGCCAGUUGAAGGAAACACUGUGGUGCUUAUUGACUAAACAGUGAAUUGACAAUCAAAUUGCUACAUUUAGUCUAAAAUAGCCGCUUUAGAAAAAUCUCCUACAGUCACAGAUUAGUUAUUUUAGCCGGAAUGCUGCGGCUCAGUUUACGGGUCUCCACAAUUUACUGUUUAGAGAAUUAACAUUUGUGCAUUUCCCAGAUAGCAGUGGGCUAACGAAGCUGCCAGCAGAGAAGAAUUAUGAUCCCAUGGGGCCCUAGGAAGGUUAACAGUUUGGGCUUCCACUUCAUUCUCACAUUGGGAUGGUUAAUGGGGCCAAGAGAAACAUGGUUCCGGGACCUCUGUCUAACUCCUGGGCCCUAAGCU